UAACACUAUUCCACUAUGUGGUGGCAUCUAACGAUUUCCCUGCUGAUCUGCUUUGCGGUGGCCUUGGCUCAAAACGAUGGGAGAUACCGCCCGCCCCCAACAUCCGCAAUAAGAGCAGGAGAUGGCCGUUAUCGCGAUGGCAACGAUGGUCGCUAUAGGGGAGGCAACGAUGGCCGAUACAGUGGAGGUAAUGACGGGAGAUAUGUUCAUGUGGACAACAAAUAUCAACACGAUAGCCGCCUGGCUGACCCAUAUGCGGGAGACAAUGGACGAUACGUGGGUGGAGCCAGUCGAUCAGGAGCUGGAGGUGGUGGGGGUGGAAGUGGAAGUGGAGCUGCAAGUGGAAGUGGGCGUGCUGCAACAGCCACCACAAGAUUGUCAACACGACCCACAGUUGCGUCAACAUUGCGUCCACUCACAGCAAACUUGGGCAAGGGUCGUGGAACGGGAGAAGGCGGUAAUGGCUGGGCCAUUAUACGCCAAGAGGACGACGUCGAGGUGGAUGGCUAUCAUUAUCUCUAUGAGACCGAAAACGGCAUUCUAGCCGAAGAAAGUGGACGCAUCGAGAAGUUAGAGGUAGGUGAAGACGGUCUACGGUCCAAGGGAUUCUAUGAGUAUACUGGAGACGAUGGAUUACUCUAUCGUGUUGACUAUACUGCUGACGAUAAUGGGUUUGUGCCAAGUGCUGAACAUUUACCUACUCCUCCCCCUCCUCCUCCAUAUGUGGCAAAAUUGUUGGCCUACUUGGAGGCAAAUGCCGCAAAAAAGAAAUAAUGAUUAAAAUUUAUAAUCCUAUGUAUAUUGAGUGAUAAUAAAUUGAUGAAUAAUACAUGGA